AUGGAGGCCAACCCGUUUGAUCUUCAUCCGGUACUGGAUAAGCUAAUUCGCACGGAAGAGGAUUUCAGGCCAAUCGUCGUGAUGACCUGUGGAAUCUCUGGCGCCGGAAAGUCAACUUUGGCAAACCAAAUAAUUGACCGUUUCCCCAACUUUACAAGGCUUUCCGUCGAUGAAAUCAUCUUCAAGAGUCAUGGACUUUACGUUAUUGACUACGCCCGAGAAAAGUACCAAGAAUAUCAGACGGAAGCCCAAGAAAUCUUGAUCACCGAGCUGAAGCAUCGGCUGAAGGAAAAAACAAGCGGCAUUAUACUUGACCUGUCUUUCUGGAACAAAGAGUACCGUGACGAAUUCAAGGCUAUCAUAGAAGAGUUCGGCGGUCGAUGGGUUCCGGUUUUCUUGGAUGCUGACAAGGAACUUCUAUGGAAACGCAUCACCUCGCGAAAGGCCGAAAGGGAUGGUCAGGAUUCGGCCGACAGAACUGGAGAUUCGGCAUUUGAUGUGGAUAGGAAAACUUUCGAGUCGUACUGUGAAGGAUUUGAAAGGCCUUGUGGAGAGGGAGAUUGGAACUGGCAGACCCUUCCCCCUUGGCAUCGUGAAAGUUUGCAAUGUCAAGGCUUAGUCUUCAUAAACUUUCGGCAUGCAUCAGGAGCAAGACAUCAGGAUUUCUCUUUGUUUAUGGAAUUCAAAUUCACCCAACCCGCCCCCCAAUCGCAUUUCAGGGGUCUCGACAGACGGGGAACCUGCGACCUGGUAAUACCGCGCACUCUGGGAGUGAAUACUGACGGGAUACCCACCUUGUUUUGUCAGCUCCUGAGUAGACCACAGUUUGGCUUGUUGAAGAACCGGGAUCUAGCGAGGCUAUACAAGCACUGUCUUAAGCGACCGCACCUUCAGCUCUCGGAAGCCAAGAACCCGUUUGGCGACCCAUCAACCACGGGAGCCAUCUUCAUAGAGCUCCCAGUGAGUUGCCUGGCGUCCAGGAUACCGACAUUAUUUUCUAACGUCAAAGUCCGGGACGUCAUCUGGUGCGUGGAGGCUGGCGACUGCGGGCUCUGUAACGGUAGUCGAACGUUGCGUGUCCGUGGUGACGAACGCCAUCUGCUUUGUCGGUAUUUCGACAUCUCGACUGACGCGGUGGAUGAUGCUAGAGUGCGUGGGCUAUGCCCUCUUUGCGUUGGCGAGAAGUACUUCUUGCAAAGCCUGGAAUUGCAGGAAAUUGAUCCUGGCCAUGAGUAUCUUUCAUCUGAUGAGUAUGAUGCAUGGGAAAGAGGACGCCUCAUCAGGUUGGGAUUCGAUGGUUAA